AUCUUUCUUUCCCCCAAAGAGGUAUCUUUUGCAACGUGUGUCUAUUUGCGGUACCCUCGUUCGUGCAGGAUUCUGUCAACAAUGUUGUCUCGCGUUCGUCACGGUAGCUGUCAGCAUCUGUCAUCGACGAUCGUUCACUUCCGAGUCCGUUUUCGGCUUUGAAACUUUCAGCAUUUCACCAAAGAUCCUCCAUUUGUCCCGUACGAAACACUCUUGGUGGUUACGUUUCUAUCCUUCCAGUAGAGAAGCGCUUGCUACGCAAUCUGUAAUAGCUCCGUUUCCAGGCAGAACACUUUCGACUGCGGGUUGUCGGGAUUUAUCGACGGACGGAAGGAACAUCCAUACACGUAUCGCAUUUACGUAUCAAAUACACGUAUCGCAUAUACGCACCCGUCGUCGACACGAAAAGGAUGAACGCGUUUACUACGGGACCGGAGUCAACUGCUGCCGACCGCCACAACAGACGCGCCACGGGAAUUUCUUCCGAGGCAGAAGAACGCCGGAUGGAAACCUUGGAAAUCAUGAACACACCAGUCGAAAACGAUGCGGAAGAGGAGAAUGAUGAUGACGACGAAGAAGAAGAGGCGAUGGCGCCUGUUGCUGGAUGGAGAUUCUGGUGGAUCUUUGCCAGGUUUCCGCUGGGUCUGCUCCUCGUUAACACGAUCCUUCUCGCUUUAAUCACCCUAUACAAUCUACAAUACUCGCCUUCGUAUAUUGUGGGAAACUCGACGCACGCUGUAUUGAACGACGACUUCGAUUCCGACGAGCGAAGGGAUUUCGGGCUUGCGCAGUUCAGUGCGCUCGAACUGCAAUCAUGGAUUGUCAAAUGCGGGAUGGUAGCCCUCUUAGCUUGCCUGGAUGCUAUUGUCUUUUACUGGUUCACAGUACGUCUCAAGAAGGGCAUGGAAUUGCUUGCGCGAAAGGCUCAGCAAGAAGAGCCUCAAGGACGGCCAGUCGCAAAUGAGAAUCUGAACAGGCCAAGAACGGCACCGUUGCACAAGUUGGACUUGAACUACAGCGAACUGGACCUGGUACACGCUCGGGGACCCAGCGCGGCAACCGACCGUCCCAAUCUUGGUCAGCCUGUUGUACCUACUGACGGCACUCACAGUGACUGCUUGUCUGACUGCGCUAUCACUUUUGAUAUUUUUGUACAGCUCCGAAGGAUCUUCCAUGUGCUUGAAGAGUAUCACAUCACAGUCAGAAUGGCCGAAAAGGAACAUCAUGGUUGGGAUUCCUAUAUGGAUACGGAAACACUAGUUGCGACCAACGUAAAUGGAAAUCUUACUGUGUACAGUCAACUCCACGAACCGCAUAGCUUCGUGAGUAUUAACGAAGGUUCUGGUGAAACAAUGGAAGGAUUCUGUUUCCUCUAUACGGAGUUUGUUGGACACGACGACGAGGAAAUAUAUGAAUACACAACGCAAGCAGUUGCGUGUGUAUCUUCCAAUGAAAACAUAAGUCAGGGAUUUCGAAACACAACUCUUCUAAACAGUGACGGAGGGGGAUGGUUAGAAUCCGUUGGCAAAGCUCACGAUGGACGAUACUGGAUCAGGCUGCAAGAGGAUAGAUUUGUUGAUGAGUGGUCGUCGUAUCAAGAGGUUUUGCAUAUCAUACAGCUGGACCCGCAGUCGAUGAUGUAUACUGUAGUUGCAAACUCAACUUCCUUCCCCGAUUUUCAACAACCCUUGAGGAACGAAGGAAGUAGAUGUUUCCGCUGGACUAGCGGCAUUGGGUACGUUGCUGCCGCAAUAUCUCUGUUUCUUUCGGCGCUGGUGCUCCUACUAUUCAUCAAGACAAAGUCGGGAGCAGGUUGCUUGGCGUUGUCUAUCUUUGCAGUCCGACUUUGGCUGGAAGAAACUUGGCUAGACAUGCUGAGUCCAGUAUUGCUUGUUUUUACAUUCAUAUGCUUGUGCACGGCAUCACUCAGCCUUGCCGUCCGAGAGAUGGUGCUAUGGGGAAUAUAUAGCGUCAUUGUGGUGCAAUUGGUUUUAGCUUUUGUGAACCGAGAAUUUCCGGUAAUGGGGACUAUUGGACUAGGUAUGGGCCUCGCGCUGGACCAUCCUGUACUUCAGCUGGGUGGGUGGAUCGGAGCGCCUUUAUCGGUUUGUAUUCUCUUGUACUAUGCGAUAGUUGGCUAUUUCGGCAACACUUAUGGUGGCUACUUCUACUAUGAUCGACAGUAUACUACUACUCUACUGAUUGUUGCAUGCAUCCCUGUCUCGUGCAGUCUUGUUGUUCUAUCUGAGGCGCUUCUGGCGAUCUCUUCGUGUGAAACUGCGGAGGCGAAGUCGGCCUCAAAGCAGCAAUAGCGAAAUGGUCUAGUUCACAUAAAAUUCUUGUUUGUAUUUAUG